AUGCCAAAACGAUCACAUGACACCGAUGAUAGUGAAGCAACAGGCCAAGAAAUAAUCCCAAAAAAGAUGUUCAAUUGCGGUGAAAUCGCCGCACAGAGCAAACUUCUUCCAUUCGCAUCGAAAUAUCAGUUCAUUGAUAAACGUUAUCGAUUCAAAAAGAGAUGGAUAAAUGGUUGUCAAUGCAUGGAUUUUCCACUGUCACAGAAUAUAUACGAACAACCGUGUGGUUAUGGCAGGUUGAUACCGAAACCGAAUCCUUCGGUGCCUAGCAAUGAGUUCACGCCUGUUAAGAGGAGAGUUCCUGAUCUUGUUCUGUUGAAUAUAUUCAAAUAUAUGCACCCAAUCGAUCUCAUCAAUGGAGUAUCAAAAGUUUCGAAGCGAUGGAAUCAAUUCGCUAAAACCAAAUCAUUUUAUCGAAACGUUCGUGUUCUGGUGAACGAUCAAUCACCAGAGGCAAGCAGUGCCAAACGCUUCCUAGAGCUGGAAAUAUAUGACAACUUCGUUGAGUUAAUUUCAACUGCAGAAUUCGAAGAGAGCGCCAUCGAAUUGGCCAGUUGUUUUCCUGCUGUUGAGGUUCUCAAUUUGUACUAUGCCAAUAUCGACCGUUACGGUGUUCAUAAUUUACUCACGAAGAGAUCCUUCAAGCGCUUACGUCAGUUUUAUUUUAAUCACGGUGAAAUGCCCGAAAACUUGCUCGACAGACUCGAUAUGGUCGCUCGGCCAAUACAACUACUUUUGAAUAUGAUCACUUUGCGAUGGUCGAAAUUUGUUUCAACAUUGACAGAACUUUAUUUGAAUGAUGUUGUCAGUGGGGAUGAUUUUGGAACUAUUGGAACACUGACGAAUCUGAAGACUUUGGAGAUCGACGUUUCGAUGUACGCAACUCCAGAUCAGUUCUUGCAACUGAAGCCGCUCAAGAACUUGGAACACAUUCAUUUGGAGUGGUCAUGUUGUCGAGACCUCAAAGCAGAGCAUCUCGCUCGACUCUUCGAACUUCCAUCCGAAAACGCAUCCAGCUGUUUCCCGUAUCGUCUGAAGUAUUUGCGUCUAUGGAAUUGUCCUGAACUACUUCAGAUGGUUGCCGUAAAGGCCAUUAUAAGCAGGAACCUCCAUUUCCUGGAUAUAUCAUGUCUAUAUAAGAUGAGAUGUGAUGCGCUCUAUGAGCUGACCGAUGAUGACCUACCUAAAUUGGAGUUCCUUAAAUUACACGACACCGAGAUUGAUCAAAAAUUCCUCGAGAAUCUCAAUUUGAAACGUCCAAAACUGAUGAUAUCGAAUCGUCGGAAACAUUUCAUAAAUUGGGAUCUGAAGGAUGGAAAGCAGCCGUGUUUUAACGAGGANUCUUGA